AUGAGCGACUACAAGGCCAUUGUUAAGAAUGCUGACAUGUCUGAGGAAAUGCAACAGGCAGCCGCUGACCGCGCCAAAGAGGCCAUGGAGCAGUUCAGCAUUGAGAAGGACAUAGCCGCUUACAUAAAGAAGGCCUUCGACAAGGACUACUCUCCAACCUGGCACUGCAUUGUUGGCCGCAACUUCGGCAGCUACGUGACCCACGAGUCGAAGAACUUCAUCUACUUCUACAUGGGCCAGGUCGCAAUCCUCCUCUUCAAAUCGGGCUAA